AUUUAGUGGAAAAAACUUCGACAUGAUAACUUGACCCAAUCGGAAUCGGAACUUCGACAUGGCUGACAACUUGACCCAAUCGGAAUCGACUAUUGCUAAAGAAACGCUAAGUUGCACAGUCAUCGAAGUUCUUGGAGAAAAUGGAGCACUUGAGUGUGGCAUAGUAAAAGCUACUUCCGCAAGCGAAGUGCUGGUAGACUUCCGAUGUGCAGCCAGACCGGCCAAAUGGAUACCUUAUAACAGAGCCCUGUUAUCUCGAGUGAACCUUUACGAUUCCCAGAAGACAGUUGCCCCGAUCUUUGGAGAUCACGAGAUCGAAGAUCCAGUGGAGGUACUGAUUCAGCGCAGUCCGUCAGAGCCGUGGACUUGGCAGCCCGCCACCGUGGUUAUUUAUGACUGGUUUACUGGACAGUACGGGUUUGUCACCAUUUAUUUGCCUGACGGAGAGGUUAAAGCCAUCGUUCCACAAAAUUGGAUUAGAUGCCCGAGCAAAACAGGUUCACUCAACAGCGGUCUACUGGGAUUCCCUGAUCUUUGUUACACGCAAGAAAUGACUCAGUUUUAUAGCAUAACCUUGCUCCAACCUCGGCCGGCCGACUCAAAAGGCGCUAUUGUCACAAAUGGAAAAAAACGGCAAGGCGAAAAUACAUUCCCAGCUGCGGAAAAGCGUCCAAAGCCAGACGUAGACGGCAAAGUGGUAUCACCGGUGCUUACUGCUCUUUCGCUUCCUUCCGAUCCUGAUUCUCCAGGAACAAGCGCGUUCUUGAAACAGUCGCCAGCUGAAAUCCUUAAUGAGAUAUUCCAGUGCCUGCCCACCCUUGAUCAGUGCCGACUGCGGGUGGUGUGUGCCGGGUGGAAUGACAUUUUAGCAACGGCCACUGUCAAAUGCCUGUUGCACAUCCGCUAUGACUCUUAUUUUGCUUUCCAAAAUACACGGUCACGUAAUGUGUACCUGGCUGUAGCCUGUGCACAUCGUCACUGGAGUAACUACGCGGUGGCCAUUGUCGGUGUGCCACAAAAGGAGGCUUGGCGUACGGUCCCUUCUCUCCAUUACUGGCCCUUGUGUGACGGGCAUUUUCUGCGAAAGAUCAUGGAAGGAGCAGCAGAGAAAUUUCCGAGAAAUCUUGUUGUGAAGGACGUUCAUGUCGGGCACUGGGCGGACGCGGGAGAGGACUACAUAGCCAUUCUUCACAGACUAUUUGACUCGCUGGCGGCGGUGUGUGACACGCUGACCGUGAAGAAUUUCAUGUUCCGGGUGUUUUCGGAGGUGGAUGGCUCCGCAGUUAUUAUUAUCCGCAUCCCGUUCGGACGUAUGCGAAACGGUCGGCGUCUUACUGUCGCCCAGUGGUGGGACAUGAUCGAGCAAGGUUGUCCGCUGCUCGAUGACCAACAAAGGGAUGCUGUGUCUACUGCGAUCAAGGGACGUAAACAGGACUCUAUGCUUCGCGGCCGGCUUAAUAGGUAA